AUGCUUAUAGAAGACGACCCGCCCGACAUUCCCGAUGGAACCUGCUUUAAAAAUUCCUUGAAGCUAUUUCAGAGACUAGUUGACAAAACGGUGGCUCAGAAGAAGGAGGAACGAUUAGGCUUGUACAUAAAAGAUGCUGAGGAAAUGGAUUAUGAUAAAUUCUUUGCUGCAGUUCAGGACCUUUUUGGUCCAGAGGUGAAAACCCAAGAUGUUAAAACCUUUUAUAGGAAGAUUAGCAACAACCCAGAUGGACGGACAGAAUGGUGUGAGAUCUUUGGAUAUUAUAUGGUGGAUGGUGAUGCUCUUGCUGCUCAACUUGAUGAAGAAAAUAUGGUUUUCCUGGUAUCCAAAAAACAGCGGGUUACAAAAGCAGGAGUGAAGAGACGUGAUGUAAUAAAGUGCAUAGUAAAGAUACCACAGCUGGAUUUUUUGGUAACAGCAUCUCAGAAAGCAAUGCUGACCAUUUUUAACAGCCAGAUGCGGAUCAUGACAUCCACAAGCAUCCCGGACAGUUCCUGGAUCACUGGAUGUGAUUACCUGAGUCAACUCAAGCGUGUUGUUGCCGUGACAGAAAGAACCAUCAUCAUAUGGGAUUAUAAAUCACAAGGGUCUGCCCUGGAUAAUUGUUUUAUCAUCAAGCCCAUGGAGCACUGCCUGCUGUGUGUAUGUGCAGUUCCUCGACCAGUAGAACUGCUAGUGAAGGAUGACAUCUUAAUGGGGGAUGAUGGUGGAUAUGUAAACUUGUUUACCGUAACAAGUGAGGACUUUGGUCUAAAACAAUCCAAAUCGAAAAAGAAAACACAAAUUAUGGUUAUAGAUUCUAGGAGAUUCAAAAGUAUUAAACGCAAGCUGCACAAUGACUGGGUUGUAAAAGUAAAAUACAUUCCAGCCUUGAAUUGUUUUGGAUCCUGCUCUUUUGACAGUGUUCAUUCUUUGGUUUUGGAUGACCUGAAAAGACUAGAAGACAACAUACCUGUCCGAGAUUUUUCUGUACCAAGAGGAGUGAAUGCUUUUACCUAUUGUGGAAAAGCCAAUAUUGUCGUUACUGGAGGAGAUGAUAAGAUUCUUCGUUUGUGGCAUCCUAAUAUCAACACCAAGCCAGUGGGAAAGCUAAUGGGGCAUUUAUUCAGUAUUACAGAGAUUGCUGCCAAUGAAAAGGAUCAGCAUAUUAUUAGUCUUUCGACUGCAAAGAUUUUCAGAGUAUGGGAUAUCCAGACACUAUCACUGCUGCAAGUCUUCCAUGACACCCAAGGAGGACCUCGAGAGACACAAAUCUUUGCAAUGAUCUUUGACAAUAACCAUGGCACACUGAUUACAGGUUCAGCUGUCAUUGAUGUUUAUCCUCUAACGCGUAUGAUACAAGACACUAAGCAGGUCCCUCAGACACAUGAGAGGAGUAUCAAUGUGCUCGUUUACAACAAAGCCUUUCGCCAAAUUCUUACUAUCUGUUCCGAGUCUAUUAUAAAGGUCUGGGAACUGGAAUCAGGGCAACUAAUAUACCAGAUUGAGGAUGCCCAUGGGCCUAAUGUUGAGCUGACGUGUGCAGCAAUUGAUAAGAACGGAUUUCACCUUGCCUCUGGAGCAUGCGAUGGGACUGUGAAGACAUGGGAUUUUGGAACUGGGCAGGAACUUAAAGUUUUGCCAUUGCCCAAGGAAAGCAAAGAUAACGAACACUGGGUGCUCCAAAUGGUUUACCUGAAGGCCAGUGAGAGCAAACACGUGAUCUUGGUCUUGGAGUACAGUGGGAUGAUCAAACUUGUCCAGAGUAAUGAGGGUGAAAUUUACCUAAGUGUUACGUGGAGUCUUCCUGAAGCUUUGUCACAUGCUCUACAAGGUAAUUCAGUCAUGUCCCUACGAUUGAGCCUUAAUGUCAAGAAAAAUAAUGGAUUUUAUCCAGAUGUUCAGCUGUUGCCUAAGGAUCCUGAGCAACGAAAUGAACAGUUACCUCCUGGGAUAGAAGUGAAGUGUUUUGAUUUGCUCAGAGUGGAAGGCUACAAUUUGUUAGCUACUGCAAGUGCAAAUGGUGCAAUCAUCUUGUGGGAUUUUGAAGCUGCUACUGCCAGACACCUUUUCAAAACCGGCAACCCUGUUGGUCCCGAAUUACUUGGAAUCAAUGCAUUAUUGUUCCUCUAUCGAAGUUCCAUUUCUGAUAGGCAGUAUAGUGAGUCUUCCACAUACUGUUCAGAUCCUCAGAGUGAUGAAACUCCUUCACAGGAUGUAGAAGGUAGCACCAUCGUGCUAAAAACGGAAGGGACUAAAAGUGAAAUUGGUGGUAUGGCAGCUGUUUCAGAAAUGAAACUUCCAGAUACUCCUACCUUGGAAAAUAAAGGAAUACCAUGCAGUGUAUUAGAAAGUGGAGGCGGUGAACAAGCGGGGCGUCGGAACAUUCCCAUACUGGUCUCUGCUCAUGCAGAUGGUUGUAUUUCCUUCUGGACUGUAACGGGAGAUCUACUGAAAGAAAUUUUGCCUUUCACAAAACAUCCUCCAAUUCCUUUGACAGCCCUGUGCACUGACGUUUCUGCUAAGAUGCUUUUUGCUGCUAAUAAUGAGGGGCAUGUUAUCCGAUGGAAUGUUGGGUCAUUCUUAGAAGAUCCACUAGAUGCCAACAAGCAUGUAAAGCAACAUAUCUGCUGGAAAGCCCAUUCUGCCAAAAUAGUGAACCUGUUCUAUGAUGAUGAAAAAGGCCUAGUGGUGACAGCUUCUACGGAUAGUUCUGCCAGGCUCUGGUAUUCACCUAAUGGACAUUACUUUGGUUAUUUUGGUCAACGCAGAUUGUUUGAAAUUUCUGAAUCCACUGAUAUAAUUUUGCCAUGUGAUGUAAAUGAAAUUCCCUUCACAAUAAAAGAUGACAGCAAAUAUAUGGAGAAAAAGCAGAAAUUUGAAUAUCCUCUGGUCCUUGACAGGGAGAGGUGGAAGACUUUAACCAAAAGCUCUUUAGCUUUGAAAAAGCCUGGUCCAUUUGAAGUUGAUCAGGAUUUCAAAUUUUUCAAAGCCCUGGCUUCACCUAAGAUUAACCAACACCCUCUGGAAAGCUUCAAAUCUGGAAACAAAGAUAUUGGUGUUGUAUUUGGGUCUAUACCUAUAUACAGGGUGGUAACUCCUCCAAAACUGAAACUUAUUCCUACAAGCGAACAAGAUAACUCCAUGGAAGAAAGCUUCACCAAGCGAAGCAGAAUUAUUAAUCAAUCAGCAUCCCGUUUUGUCAGUAAAAGGGGCAGAAAGGGCAGCCAGACACCGCAGACAUCAUCUUCUACCUCCCCCACAACUCCCAAUGCAACUAUAAAACCCAUGAAACUGUAA